AUGCGCCUCUUUCUGAUCCCCAUCUCGACUCGCCGAGCUUUAAUAUACGCGCGGCCCCUGAAGAGAGAGAUUUCGAAGCAGUUGUCUCUGACUGACAAGAUUACCAACAAGGCAGCGACGACAUGGGCUCAAUGGGAGGAGGCCGACAAAGGAUGGAAAAAACACAUUGUCUCCUGGGGCAAUCGGGUGCAGCAACGCAUCCCAUUUGAAGAAUGGGGCCUCAAGAGCAUUCCUUCAUUGAAUGCUCAGAAGAGAGUCAAUCCGGAUCAUGAGCACACCAAGGUGGACGUGCUGUAUCCUGGGAACGCGAUCCGGACCGAGAAGCUUCAGUCGAUUCUAAGGACAAUUGCAACGGCGCGGCAGGAUCUACAUCGCAGGAAAAUGUGGUGGAGCUUUCUUGCUUCGCCGUUGACAGCACCUGUUGCAUUGAUUCCACUGAUCCCCAACAUUCCGUUCUUCUAUCUGAUCUACCGAGGCUGGUCACACUGGCGAGCGCUGAAUGGCUCCAAACACCUUGAAUUCCUUGUCGAGCGGAACCUGCUCAACCCGGUCUCUGCCCCAGAGCUCGAAAACUUAUACGCCAAGCGGCUAUCCAGCGCUUCGAUAAUCACAGAUACCGAAAAGUCGCAUGCGCAGAUAGCAGAUGAAAUAGAACAGGGCGAAGACCGACUACUCCUGGAGAUGUCGGACGCUAGAAAACUGGCCACAAUCCUCGAUGCGCCAGAGCUCGCCUUGGAGGCUGAACGCGCCAUUGUCCAAGUCCGAGAGAAGCUGCAGGCUGAAAACAAAGCAGCAGAGGAGGGGCAAACCGAAAAGAAAGAUAUAUGA